AUGUCGCGUUCUCUCCCCUACCCCCUCGCUUGCAGGCACGUUACCCCCACCUGUGCCACCGCCCCUUCCCUCGUUGAUAUCACUCCCCUUCACAUCCGCAUUCUCACCCCUGCCCCCUCCACACUCAUGGAGCCCCGACCCCCCCCCCCCCCCACCCCCGCCAUCCACUGCUCGUCGCCUUCGCCUUCCCUCCCGCCUCCCUUCCCAAUAGCUUCCCCCCAUCCGGUUUUCUGCUUCCCCCUCUCCCCUUCCCUCCUUCUCCAUGUCCCCCCAUCCUCUUCAUUCUUUCCCCUUAUCCCAAUCCCUGCUUCCCCCCAUCCGGUUCUCUCCAUCCCCCCCUCUCCUUCCCUGCUUCCCCAUGUACCCUUCCCACCUUCCCCAUGUCCCCUGGCCCAUGAACCCCCAUCCCCUGCCCUGCUUCCCCUAACCCCCUCCCUGCGUCCCCCCAUCCUCUUCGUUCUUUCCCCUUAUCCCAAGCUCUGCUUCCCCCCAUCCGAUUCCCGCCUCGCCCCCAUCCCCCUCCCUGCUCCCCCUCAUCCCCCUCCCUGCUUCCCCCCAUCCCCUGCCCUGCUACCCCCCAUCCCCUUCCCUGCUUCCCCCCAUGUCCCCUGCGCUGCUACCCCCCCAUCCCCUGCCCUGCUUCCCCCCCCUCCCCUUCUCUGCUUCCCCCAUCCCCUUUCCUGCUUCCCCCCAUCCCCUGCCCUGCUUCCCCCCAUGUCCCCUGCGCUGCUUCCCCCCAUCCCCUGCCCUGCUUCCCCCCCUCCCCUUGCCUGCUUCCCCCCAUCCCCUUGCCUGCUUCCCCCCAUCCCCUUCCCUGCUUCCCCCCAUCAGAUUCCCGCCUCGCCCCCAUCCCCCUCCCUGCUCCCCCUCAUCCCCCUCCCUGCUUCCCCCCAUCCCCUGCCCUGCUUCCCCCCAUGUCCCCUGCGCUGCUUCCCCUCAUCCCCUGCCCUGCUCCCCCCCCUCCCCUUGCCUGCUUCCCCCCAUCCCCUUCCCUGCUUCCCCCCAUCAGAUUCCCGCCUCGGCCCCAUCCCCCUCCCUGCUCCCCCUCAUCCCCCUGCCGUGCUUCCCCCCCUCCCCUUCCCUGCUUCCCGCCAUCUCCUUCCCGGCUUCCCCCCCUCCCCUUCCCUGCUUCCCCCCAUCCCCUUACCACCUUCCCCUUGUCCCCUGCCCUGCUUCCCCCCCUCCCCUGCCCUGCUUCCCCUCCUCCCCUUCCCUGCUUCCCCCCAUCCCCUUUCAUGCUUCCCCCCAUCCCCUGCCCUGCUUCCCCCCCUCCCCUUGCCUGCUUCCCCCCAUCCCCUUCCCUGCUUCCCCCCAUCAGAUUCCCGCCUCGCCCCCAUCCCCCUCCUUGCUCCCCCUCAUCCCCCUCCCUGCUUCCCCUCAUCCCCCUCCCUGCUUCCCCCCAUCCCCUGCCCUGCUACCCCCCAUCCCCUUCCCUGCUUCCCCCCAUGUCCUCUGCGCUGCUCCCCCCCAUCCCCUGCCCUGCUUCCCCCCCUCCCCUUCUCUGCUUCCCCCCAUCCCCUUUCCUGCUUCCCCCCAUCCCCUGCCCUGCUUCCCCAGAGAUGA